AAUCCAAACAUACGAAAUACUACAACACAUCCUUAAUUAAAACAAACACUAAUUAAUUAAGGAUACUCGUAGAAUUAUUCUCUCUCAAAUAUUAUAUAUCAUAUAACGGAGGAAAAGUCGAGUUCCAAGAUGUCGAAGAAGACUGAUAUAGUAGCGGUUCUCCUCAUCCUAGCUGUCGUGCAAAUGAUGGCUGGGAAAGCAGUAACAGCAUGUAGUGUCACUGGGGAUACCUGUGGUUUUGCUGGCCUUGCUUGUUGUGCGGGUUAUUAUUGUGCUGUUAACGACACCUGUCAAGAAGAGCUACGAUCAAACUGCAGAUUAGUUGGGGAAAGCUGCGGUGGAUUUGGAGGUAGCUGUUGCGGUAAAAGCAAUUGCUCAGGCCGCAUUUUUGGAGGCCAUUGUCUAAAACCAUGAUGCAUAUGUAUGAUUAUAUGUUUGGAUGAAGAUCGAAAAACUUCAUGUUUUGUUUUGUUUGAUUUUAUUUUUUGUUUAAGUUUGAUUAAUUGGCAUGUGUUCAAUUUGUUGGUUUAUUUGAUUUGUAUUAUGUUUGUACUUUUAUGUAUUAUUAUGUAUUAUGUGGAUAUAUUAUAAGUACUUUUAUGUAUUAUGUGGAACAUUGAUUUGAA